UUCUUCGUUUCUUACGGCCUGUCCGAGCUCAGCCAUGGAGGCCAGACUCUCUGAAACCCUCGGCCUCCCGUCUCCUAACCCAAAUCACUGUCUUCCCACUUCCGAUUUCGUUUCCCUCUUCACCCGCUUCACCGAUCUCACAUCCACCCGAAAACCUGUUCACAGAAACCCCGAAACUGAAACCAAAUCUGUCAACUGGUUUAAGCUCUCGAAGAAGUCCCCGAAAUCUGUGGAAUCCGCUGGAAAUUCUGGGAAACCCAUCUUUUUUGGCGCUCCAUUUGCUUCGACCUCGGUCUCCGAUCCUGUCACGACGAGACCCGGACCCGAUUUCCUGAAAUGGGUCAAACCCGCUUCGAGGGACAGUCCGAGGAUUCAGACGGUCAUGAAGAACCUCUCCGUCUUCGAGCGUGCCCUUAUCGGCGCUGGAGGCGGAGGAAUCGCCGGUGCGUUCACGUACGUUUGCCUUCACCCUCUGGAUACGAUUAAGACCAAGCUUCAGACCAAAGGCGCGUCUCAACUCUACAGCAGCACCUUCGACGCGAUCGUGAAGACGUUUCAGAGCAAAGGGAUUCUAGGUUUUUACAGCGGCGUCUCCGCCGUGAUUGUGGGGUCGACGUUCUCCUCCGCCGUGUACUUCGGCACCUGCGAGUUCGGUAAGUCGUUCUUGUCUAAGUUCCCGACAUACCCUUCUGUCCUAAUCCCUCCGACGGCCGGAGCAAUGGGCAACAUCGUGUCAUCAGCGAUAAUGGUUCCAAAAGAGCUCAUCACACAGAGAAUGCAAGCCGGAGCAAAAGGCAGAUCAUACGAAGUAUUGCUCAAGAUUCUAGAGAAAGAUGGAAUUUUGGGGCUUUAUGCAGGUUACUCUGCUACAUUGUUGAGAAAUUUACCGGCGGGGGUUCUGAGUUAUUCGUCAUUCGAGUACCUUAAAGCUGCGGUUUUGAACAAAAGAAAGCAAACCCAUUUGGAGCCAAUACAGAGUGUGUGUUGUGGGGCAUUGGCUGGGGCAAUUUCUGCGUCCAUAACCACACCCCUUGAUGUGGUGAAGACGAGGCUGAUGACUCAGGUUCACAGUGAUGCAGCGAACAAAGUUGCCGCGGCUAUGUAUUCUGGUGUGACCGCGACUGUGAAACAGAUACUUAAAGAGGAAGGAUGGGUCGGGUUUACGAGAGGAAUGGGUCCACGGGUUGUUCACAGCGCUUGUUUCUCAGCUUUGGGUUAUUUUGCGUUUGAGACUGCAAGGCUUACGAUCUUGAACGAGUAUGUGAGGAGGAAAGAAGCCAGUGAAGCUGCAAUGCUCGCCGAUUCUUGAUGUUUCUUUUGAUGGAUAUAGGAGCUUGUGAGCAUAUAAAGUGUUUUGAACUUUCGUUUUGGUUUUCUGAAAGUAGCAUUCCAGAAUCCAGAUGGCAAGCCUGCCCCUUGUUGGAUUCAUGGAUGUUAUGCUAGUCUACAUAAGCUCGGUUAUAUGAGAAUUAUCAGAGAUUGUUUUAGGCUCCAGCCUCGUCUGUUUUCUAUCCUGGAAAAUGUUUCAUCUGUUUUCUAUCAGUACACUUGUUCUUCUACUGUUGGGUUGCUGCUGCAUGUUAUUAAAGGUUUUCACUUUGAACAUCCAGUUGGGUUCAGUUAUUGAAGGUCAAGUUGUUCUUCGAGGUC